AUGGGUGGGGCGCCCCACCCAUUUUUUAAGGGAAAGCCCUGGGGACGAGGUUGGGCGGAUUUGGAUCCGUUUUGUGUCUACAAGUAAACAAAAGAAGAAAAUACAUGCAAUAGAUCUCCGAGUUUAACCAAAGUUAACUUGUUUAGAUUCGCUUUCUUAUUCCUUCGUUACAAAUUCCCGUAGUUGUGACAUAUUUAUUUCUCUUUUUUCCAGAUAAAGAUAUUAAGAGAGCGUGGGACUACAAAAUGAGAAACGUUCGAAAGAAGUUACUACAAUUACUCAUUGCCGUAACGUUAGUUGUCCUAGCGUUUAUAUGGAUAAUUCACUCUGAUUUCCUUGCUCCGGUCGAUCGUCUUCCCGACAAUCAUGGUCUCGAGGCACGAAGAUUGUCCCUAGAGAGAACGCGCGUCCCAAGCCAAGACACACAUACCAAGCCAAGAAACCUCUCAGAAAGAAAACAAUACCAACAAUCCUUUGCAGGUAAAAGAUGUGCUAAUGCUAUCUUUACUCGAGGAAGCGGCUCGACGUCUAUUAUAUUAAAUGGACAGAUUUAGCAAGGAAAACUUGACGAAGCUGAAGACGCUGCUUGCGGGCCUUAAAACUGGCUUGACCAACGGCAGAGCGCGAAAAUGAGCACCAUAAGUGACUUUCAGUUCUCUUCAUGUGAUUUCGCGUUCUCACUAUUUUGCCGUUGCGUUUUCUUAGUAGCUAGAUCUGCCAUAUUCCGAGAGGGAGCAUUCUAUUGAAUGAGUACGGUAGUGGAAAAUAGCCUGAAAGCAUCUUCUUUUCUCUUACAAAGACUCUGAAUGAAGACAUUAAUUCUUCUUAAUUCUAACCAGAGUGUCAGCUAAAAGUGAGUGAUGAUAUUUUAAAGAAUGAACUAUUUUACUGGGGAUAUCAACUGCAAAUGAAUUUUCAAACUCGGAGCUCAUAGACUGAUAAUUUCCUCGCUUCCUUUAAUAUAUUUUUUUCCUUUUCGAUCCCUUUUAAGAAGGAGCUGGUUGACCCACUGAUCUGACUUCCCACUUCCAUUCUAUCAAAAAUGGUCAGCAGAAGACAAAUAAACAAGGGAUUCUCUCUUUGUAGCAACAACAUUUGUUUUAACAUCUGAGGAAAGAUGCCGAAAGAACGAAAGACAAAUAUUUAUUGUGCCAUUUUAUAUUUCAGCUCCGACCACAGCGUCAAUGACCAGAAUGAAAUCUCCUCAGAGGCGAUCACUCUGUCCAGCGGUUGAAGUAAUGAACAGCUCCAAAGUGACCAAGUUGGGAAGAUAUCCACAAGAUAAACGUAAGUAACUACAAUUAUUAUACAUUGUACUCACUAACUGUCUUCUCUUUGGCUAAGAGCCUACAGCUAAUUUUGGAACUCGGCGCAAAAUACUAGAUUAGUUAGUUAUCUGCUAGCAGAUAACUGACUGAGUGGGUUGCGCGCGCAUUGCAUGAUUUCCUAUACUGAUAUCAAUUCAGGUUCCUUGCGAGCGUGUGUUUGUCGUUAUUUCCUUUAAAACAAUGUAUAUUAAAACAAUUAUUAGAUUUGGUUCUUGUGAUAUCCUAAAUAAUCAAGGAGUCGGUAAGUGUUAGCCUCGGCCUUUGGUUCGGCUAAUAACACUUGCCUCGACCUGGAUUAGUCCGGUAUCACUAAUAAAACCUAAACCGCAUCCAAUAAUUGUUUAAAAUCCCCUAACAUUUACCAGCUUUAUGGUAGCAUUUCUGAGCCUUUUUAAAAAGGCGGCAAAUCACGUAGUCAUAGCAACUGGCACGCAACAUAUUUUUGGCAAAAAAUAAAAAAACAAUCCAACAAAUUUACUCCGAACGGGGGUAAAAAGAUGACCAGUUCAGAGCUUUUACACUUUUGGAAAUGUGACUCAACAGCAUGGCGGGUUAUAAAUAAUGCAUCAUCAUCGAGCGGAUUCGAAAUGGCGUGGGAAUCUGUUGUGUUUCGCGUUUUUCCAGCAGUCUUUGCUCGCCUUUCUGUAACACAACAACGAAGAAAGUAUGACCAUAUUUCGGAUGGGUUGCGAUCGUUGAAAUGGCUUCCUAUUAGAGAGAAACUCAUUCUAAAUGACGCUACUAUGAUGCACAAAUAUAUUAACAAGCUUGUUCCAGACUAUCUUGCUGAUAUGUUUAAAUCACGUUCUCAAGUCCAUAAUAGACACACUCGAUCAUCUGGUGCUUUGGAUAUACCUUUAUGUCGCCUGUCAACAGGGCAGCGCUCCUUUGCUUUCAGAGGAGCCAAACUCUGGAACUCCUUGAAUGAUAAUAUUAAGUCCUUAAAAUGCCCUAGGAAUUUUAGGCGUCAUCUUGCAAAUGUUUUAUUAGGUUGAUAUAUUUUUUGUAAUUAUAAUAUUAUUGUUCUUACAUUCUUAAUUAAUUUAUAUAAAUUUGUAUUUUUCAUUCUAUUGAGCUGAAAAGCCCACUUAGGGAGCAUCAAUAAAGUGUAUGUAUGUAUGUAAGAAGAAACGCUAGAAGGCUUGUGCAUAAGGUGAUGAAGAAUGGAUUUGAAAUGUUAGAGAAAGUGAGAUAUUUCUUUUCAUGUACGUGUGCAAAUUGAACUUGAAAAUAAUUUUCUACCCACCAGUAAACACAGAAACCAAAGUUCGUCGCUUUUUUGGUAUUCGUUUGUACGACUGCUUCAUUUAUCGCUCAAAUUUCGUCUUCCGAAAAUUUCUUGAAAGGAGACGCUAUCUCGUUAUUAGUGAAUAGCCAAGGAUAUUCAGAGUUACUGCAGCCAAUCAAAACGCGCAGAAAUUGCUAUUCACUGAUUUGGUAAAUACUAAAAGGUGUUACCCCACAGGAAUGGGAUCCUGACCCCAGAUCAUUAUUCCAACAAAAGAGCGGGAGAAAAAACGAAGUACAAACUGUAUUUAAGGAAUACGUAAUUGUAAACAAAAACUAACCGCUGACUGUGUGCUUCUUUGAUAGGAUUUCUGUCCAUUGGUAUCGCGUCCGUUGCAAGACCAUCGGGAGCCAACUAUUUGCUACAAACUAUUCAAAGUUUGAUCGACAACACGAACGAUGUGGACAAGAAAGACAUUUCUAUUGUCGUAUUUCUGGCAGACAUUAAUGAAUCGCCGAAAUCAACGGCAAAGGCCGAGCUUACACAAAACUUCCGCAAAUACAUUGGUGAGGGUCUUUUGACAGUGAUCGAAGCAUAUCCAGAAUUUUAUCCACCACUAAAUAACAUAAAAGAAAAGUAUGGCGACUCGGAUAGCAGGAGAACAUGGCGAUCAAAGGAAAACGUAGAUGCAACUUUCGUCAUGUGUUACUGCAAGGAUCUAUCACAGUAUUACAUUCACCUUGAGGACGACGUCAUCUCUUCUCCUAGCUUUUUCCCUAAACUACAGGGUUUCAUUAAGAUUCAAAGUGUAAAGCCUUGGUUGAUGCUUGAUUUGACUAGCCAGGGAAGCAAAGCAAAAGCAUAUCAGUCGAACGACCUGGCAAACAUCGCUUCGUACUUUUAUCUCAUGUUUGAUGAAAUGCCCAUUGAUUGGUUGAUGGAUUACUGGCGAAAAAUCAAAGACGAGAAUCAAGGUUCGCGUCGAUUGCCUCCGGCGUCGCUUUUUCAACACAUCGGAGAUCAGUCCUCUCUUAAAGAAAAAGGGUUAUCAGGAAGGAAGCAGAGGGAACCAUUUUUUGACCAGUAUGACCAAAAGUACAGGGGACGUAACCCUCCUGCCAUCGUCACUUCGUCAAUGUCCUCUAACAAAGGAAAACCACGAGAUGCUUAUGAGAAAGGUAGCGGCUAUUUUUGGGCGAGUCAUCAAAGAAAAGGUAACUACGUCCUUGUAAAAUUUAACACACCAAUUGCUGUAAGAAAGGUGUUUGUUGACACGGGCAGUUAUGAAGCGAGUAACAGUUUGCUACACCAUGGUGUUCUACAAGCCAGUUUCGCGUCUAGCAAGGGUGAAGCCAAUACAUGUCAACGUUUUAAGACUUUGACAGAAUUCAGGGGAGGAAAAGCAAAGAUUUCUCUUAAUCAGUCCAGUGAUAGAGUCAAAUGCUUAAAAAUCUUAGUCACGGAAGACUAUAGUGAAGAUAUCUACCUUCGUGAGAUUGACGUUUGGUGGGACCAUUGA